CAGUAUGAUGACCUGCGUGUCGAAUGUGAGGCUUUUGAUGUGUCCAUUGAUGGGAGAUGAUGGUCUACCCGAGUGACCAGAAUGGAUUGCUUCAAGACGAUCGGAUUCACUGGUAGCUGGUCAGACCCUCAACACUACCUAUCAAGCAAGCACAUGCUGACAAUACUAUACUACGAUAAUGACCAUUGGCUCGGCAUACAAGUCAAGCGGCGCCAUGUACCGAGAACCGCGCCAAUCGGUCGAUCGUGCAGUCUCUCCGCAUUUGACUGGGGAGCCAAGGCUGAGAUAUAUAGAAUGACCACACUAUCCGUACACUAUAUGUCUGCCAAUCUCACUACAUACAUGACUGUUAUAGUAUAUAUCAUCUGAUAUAAUGACGUUUGCGAAUAUCAAGCUCCCCACAAAUCCGCGGCCGACAGGCAUCUUCGAGGUCCGCCCGUCCAGCGCAGAAAGCGCAGCCAAGACAGCAGAGCUGAUCAAGACAAACAACGAGCGUUACCAUCUUCUGAUCCACAAUGCGGGCGUGCAUAACCACAUCCUCCACCACCUACUAGCCCUAUAUUCCAUGGGCGCAACGCCCGCCCAGCUCGAAAAGGCCUUUCUGCGAGGCACCAUCUCCCAGAAACCGGCUGCUGUGCCCAACAGACAGCGGGUGCACAACUUCAGAGAUCCAUCGCAGUUCCGGGCGUGUGUGGGAAAGGGCAAGUACUAUAAUGACUACUAUGCAUUCUUUCAGGAGGAGGUCGAGCGGAAUGGCAUGGCGUGGACGGCGAAGGAGUAUAUCUUCAAGGGCGACGAGCGGGGAGAGGAGAUGUUUCGUCGAUUCUUUGGUGGCUACCUGCAUUCACCCAUCCACUUGGGCUACGCAAUUGAAUUCGACCAGCCUCUUAUCGCGGCAGAGGCAUUCGCACUGACAUCCGUUCACUCCUCAUUCUACGGCGAAACCCUACAUAUGAUCGAAAAAGCUGUCCAGUCAUCGCCUCCCGCCCCAGGCCGCGCGUUAAUCGACAUCCAGCAAGACAUCUACUCCAACCAAAACAUCCGAAACGCAAUGGACUACAACGACAUGGACAAACUGCAUCAAAGCGUCGUCCCAAACGCCAAAGACGACCUCGUCAGACUGGUCGGACAAUGGCGAGUCCACCCAGACGAGCUUGAGGUCCGUGUUGCAGAACUGCUCAACACAUUCACCUACCUAGCAGCAUCCGCACAACGCCCCAACAAACAAAUCCGCUUCGACUUCUUCCUCAUGCACGCAAUAACAUCGAGCUCCUUCGCGCCCGUCCUCAUCAGCACACCAUGGAUCCCAAAGCCAGUUCGAGCCCGUAUCCUCGAAUGGCUCGGCCGCGCAGCUUUACUGAUCUACAUUGAGUCGGGGGCUCCUCUGCCCCGUCCUGAAGAGAUAGCAAGGUAUAAACCCCUUCAUCCGUCCGGAUGGAGUGAGAUCUUCUACCGCGCGUGCGAGUACGAAGAUGACGGACAUUUGAUUAAGCUUAUUCGCGGGAUCCGCACGGCUGCUGCGCUUGCGGGGCCGUAUGCUGAUCGGAGCGAGUUUUUGCUGAAGGGGGAGGGGGAGUUUUUGGUGAUUGCUCAUAUGGCAAUGGACGGCGCCGAAAAAUUCCAAACCGAAUCCGUCGAGCAAGAAGUCGAACAGGUCAACGAGAAUUCCAUAAUGGGGCAGAUCUUACCCCGGGAUAUCAUGCGCGUGGUGGCGCGCUGGCCCCGCAAUGUGGGAUACGACGAGGCUUGGUAUCAUGUUCCGGAGAGGGAGGGACUGCUGGCUAAGGCGAGGAUUUGAUAGACCUUGGUUCUUUGGUGCUGGGCUUGUGGCCUGGUUGUUUUUGUUUUUGUGGUUGGUUGGUUGGCUGGUUGGGUUGUGUUGAUGGUAUCAUUGGAUAGGGACAUUUUACGGCUGAUGUUUUAUAUGCGAUUGAUGUGAGUAAGGACAUGUUACGAAUGAG